AUGGCUUCCUUCUUCUCCCGGGCCCGGUUAGCGACCUUAUCCAAGUACCUUGCAGGUACCGCCGUCACAGGCACCGCCGGCUUCAACCUCUGGACGCGUCAAUGCGCGUUCGACGACGGCUUCACCCCGGCCCACGACCGCUUGUUCCAGCAUCCGAUUCUCAAAAAGGUCAAUCCGAGGAACAAUCCCGACUUUCACGAUUGCUGCUUCCGCACGGUCCCGUUUGACAAGUUGCGGCCGGAUCUUGUCGAGGACGCGCUGGGUGGGGGCUCGAAGCUCGUCGAGACAUAUUCGGCUGGCGUUUGGGGACGAUAUGGUGAUUCAUGUCUUCAUUUGACAAGCCCGAAACGACGAGGAACUGACUUGAUGGCCCCAGGUUUCAACAUUCAACGCAAGAUCAUGGAAAGGGCUCGUAAAAAUGAGUCGAAUGCAGGGGACCUCUGGGAGAAAGAGGAGCUGUUGAAAAGUACUUACCAAGUCGCUGAUGACUUCAUCGUCAUCGAAAAGUCUCCAAACAGCAUCUUGCUGCGCGGCGGGCUCUCUCCCAGAGUAGCGCCCGAAGGCCCCCGCGAGAAGGACAGCAUCAUCGCCCUCGAUGCAGAGCUCGACACCCAGAAUCGCGUCGUCAAGUUCAAUCUCAAGUCGAUAUUGGUCGACGGGGUGAGCGAAAGUAAAGAUGUUCCAUUCUCUGGGACGGUGGUCUUCUUACACCAGCAGUAUGCCAAAUUGUUGGUGACGGCCGGUGUAGACUACUGUAUUGCAUAA